CGAAACGCUAUCCAUUCAUCAUCAGUUCAGUGGUGCCUCUUAUCCUUAGGACAUUAGCAGCCUUCCCGAGUUUCCUGACUACAACGUAGUAUCAUCUCUACCAACAUAAUUCUCAUCGAUAUGGCUUGCCUCAAACUGAUCGGAUCACUGGUUCUGGUGGCGCUGAUCGUUCUGGCUCUCAGCAGCACCACUGAAGCCGGCUACCGGAAACCACCCUUCAACGGAAGCAUCUUCGGCAAGCGGAAUGGAAACUCCAUCGAUUACGAGGGCAACGCGAAGGUGCUUUCCACCAUGUGCGAAAUAGCUGCCGAAGCUUGCCAGUCGUGGUUCGCCCAGGAACAGAAGUAGUAAAACUCCCGCCAAGGAACUUCAACAUGAUAACCGCAUCGUUUCUCUACCCACAACGCCAUCAUAAUCGGAAGAUGAUUUGAGGUGACCAUUAUCCCCGCCUUUUGUUGAGCACAUUCAUUGCUGAUCUACCCAGCUAUUAGUGUAAUCAUCAGUGUAUGUACAGAAGGAUUGCGACAGAUACAGCCGUAACAGUUUGAACCAUGGAAGUGUACAAUAUUCUAUGUUCGAAAUGUCAACUGUUAUAAUAAAAAGCAAGCAUGUCAUCCCCAUAAAGGGAUAGGUGAUAA